UUAGCAUUACUUGCAGACAUGAGUGAUUAGUGAAGUAAGCCCUAGCAAAUUUCUUCUACACAUAGGGUUUUCCACAACAGCGGUCUCCGUCGCAGCCGCCAGUCUUACCUAAGUCUGUCGCAAUGCCGUUGACCAUCCUGACCGACUCAGACGUACGCGAUCUGCUGCACCAAUUGUCUAAGCAGGACAUACUUGACCUGCAACAAUCCCUCGCCGACGGUCUGCACUACUACUCGACCGCAACCGAAGAUGACUCCAAUGCAUGCUGUUCGUCAUACCAGCCCAUGCGCACAGCGCUCAAGCGCAAUGAUGGACAAACAACACUCUUCAUGCCAGCUUCGAGCAAUGAUGGUAUUGGCUUCAAGGUUGUAACACUGUCCACACCUGAUCAGAAAGCUGCCUCGGACACGUCGUCGAUCGCGUCGUCCCUCAAGGCUGCCUCCCUCGCUGAGUCAACACAGUCCAGUGGCUCCUACGGACCGCCUCAGUCUCUCGCGAGCUCGCAAAGCACAACACCAAAGGGGACAUUGCAGCUCUUAGAUAAAGAUGGGUCGCCUCGAGCACUCGUCAAUGCUGAAGAGAUCACGGCUUUCCGCACGGCGCUGGCCAGUACUAUGUUGUUUAAGAAACGACACAACGUUCACGACAUCGUCGUAUUCGGCGCAGGCAAGCAAGCAUAUUGGCACAUUCGACUUGCCCUAAUACUACGAUCCACAGAGAUACACCACCUCAACAUCAUUAACCGCGACUUCGAGCGUGUCCAUCAGCUACUCCAAUCCCUCUACAAUCCUGACGAGCAACCCACCAAGUUCGACCCCAGCACGGCCAAGAUUCUCUCGUAUAGGAAAGAAGGCGAAAACCUGCACCGGCCGAAAAUACAGAUCCUUACUCCCUCGCACGGGGAAUACGAGCGCCUCCUCAAGUCCACAAUACGAGCCUCGUCCGUCAUCUUCUGCACGACCCCAAGCCUGCACCCACUUUUCCCAGCACCCUACCUCACAAACCCAGAAGGCAGGAAGAAAGGCCGCUACGUAGCAGCUAUCGGGUCGUACAAGGCGCAUAUGUGCGAAAUCCACCCCGACAUACUCCGUCAGAACGUCACACCCGACCACGGUCGCCAAUUCCACAAGCACGCUCCGCAAGGCGGCGCAGUCAUCGUCGAUAGCGUGGAAGCAUGUCUCAAGGAAGCAGGUGAGAUCAUCCAAGCUGGUCUGUCGCCCAAUGAACUUGUCGAGAUUGGAGAACUCGUCAUGCUUAAGCGGGAUGCCGAGAAACGACGAUCAGAGUGCAUGGCACAGAAACGGAUGAGCCAGGAAGGCCUGGAUGAUAAUGGUGUGGAGCUGGGAGAGGCACCUUCCUCGAAGAAGAAGAAGAAGGGCAAGGGAGGAAAAGAGGAACACGAUAAGGAACACCAUAGUCUUGUGGAGUGGUUGCAAAAGGGCAACGUCAUCUACAAGAGUGUGGGGCUGGGACUAAUGGAUGUGGUCGUUGGUAGUGAUUUGGUAAGGCUGGCGGAUGAAAGGGGUAUCGGGACGAAAAUUGAGAACUUCUGAGGUUUGAGUAGAUCGACAAUCGAACGAGACACAGCAAAUAGAGAUCACAUCGCAAGAUGGCUAUGCAACGAAUGCAUCCCAUGUGCAGCUUUCUUAAUUCAUCUGCACAUUCUUUGCAGCUC